AUGUACAGCUCUCCAAUCAACUCAUUUCAAGGUUCAUCAUCAAAUCCUGUGAUGGAGCAAAAUAAUGAAGAUAUGGAACAAUUGAACUACAACGAAGAAAAAGCUGAUGAGAUGAGUGAAAAAGAGAUAGAAAUGAUAGAAGAUAAGGGCAAUGAAGGAGGACAGCAAGUAGAUGGAGAUGAAGGAGCUGGUCAUUUUGAGAAAAAUCAUUUUAUUGAUUCUGAUUGGGUGCUACAAAAAUAUGUGUUGAAUUUUUGCAAUGUUCCUCCUCCUCAUACUGGAGUUAUUAUAGCUGAUGCUCUAAAUAAGUGCUUUAUUGAUUGGGGGAUUAAGAAUAAGGUUUCUAGCAUAACUGUUGAUAAUGCUUCAUACAAUGAUGUGUGCAUUAGGAGACUUAGAGAGGAUUUUUCUCUAAGAAAGAGAUUAAGUAUUGGAGAAAAAAAAUUUCAUGUUAGAUGUUGUGUACAUAUACUUAAUCUCUUAGUGCAAGAUGGUCUUGGUCAACUUGGUGGUAUGAUUGAUGUUGUUAGAGAAGAGAUAAAGUGGAAUAGCACCUAUUUGAUGUUAGCUUCAGAUUUAGAGUUCAAAGAUGUCUUUCCAAGAUAUGCAAACAUUGACCCCGAAUUUCACUAUGUUCCUACUGAUUUUGAGUGGAUGAAAGUGGAAGAAGUAUGCAAAUUUUUAAGAAUAUUUCAUGAAUUCACUGAUAUGAUUUUCGGGUCCGAGUAUCCAACAGCUAACAUUUUUCUUGUGGAACUCUAUAGGAUUAAAGAUCUUUCAAAUGAAAAAGUUCUUGACCCUUUUGAGCAUAUUCGGCUAUGGCUGAAAAGGCAGGUUGUAAAAAUGAGACAAAAUGAAGGUUUCAGUUCUUCUAGUAAGAAACAGAAAAUGACUAGACCCGUCGUUUUAACUGGUAAAGAAAAGUUUCACAUGCAUGUGAGUGAAAUUGACAGGGCUUCACCAAAAAAAUCAGAUUUAUAUAUUUAUUUAGCGGAAAGUAGGUAUGCUUGUGAUGCAAAUGCAAAUCUAGAUGUUUUGGGUUGGUGGAAAGGGAAAAGAUUGAGAUUUCCUAUCUUGUCGAGGAUGGCUGCCGAUAUACUCACCGUUCCUAUUACAACUAUGGCUUCAGAAUCUACUUUCAGCGCCGGAGGUAGAGUAAUUGAUGAUCGACGAGCUUUUAUGUCAGUUGAGACGGUGCAAAUGUUGCUUUGCGGCAACGAUUGGAUCCGCAGUCUUCAUGGCCUAAAGAAUAAGUCUCGCGAAUCACUUGAUGCGGUCAAAUCAAUCACAUUUGAGGAAGUUGAACUUCCUGAAUCAUUCACAACCUGA